AUGCGGACAUUCGCCGACCUCCUCCCCUCGCCCCCCUCUACGCCCCUGACCACCACAUCCGUCACCAUCGUCGACCAGCGCACCGACACUUCUCCGACGAUAGCCACCCCAAACGCCGACGCCGGCCGGGCAGCACCGGGAGGCGAGCUGAGCUACACCAACGUCGACGGAACCACGCGCGUCUACCGCUUCCCCCAGCAGAUGCCUGCUCGCUCCCCCUCUGCCCCAACAGACCGAGACGGCCGAUCCACCAGAUCCACUGCUGGCAGGGUCGUGACCGUGCGCGACCUGCGCAACAAGAGCUGCUGGAUCUGCUCAGAGGAAGACGAGGAUCAGCUAGACGUACCACCGCCAUCCGCAGCUGAUCCGGCCCUCGCUGCCGCCCAGGGCCGCGGAAGGAGGCGCAGGUUUGUCCAUCCCUGCAACUGCACCCUCGUGGCGCACGAGUCGUGCCUGCUGGCCUGGAUCGACCAGUCGCGCAUCAACCAUCCCACGCAGGACACCGUCACCUGCCCGCAGUGCAAGGCGCCCUACAUCCUCAUCGACCCCAAGCCCGUGGCGCUGCGCCUCUUGGAGCAGAUCGACAAGCUCGUCGCCAAGGCCGUGCCCCUCGGCUGCGUCUCGGUGCUGGGCGGAUCCGUCCUGAUCGCCUGCACCGCCUACGGUUGCGUCGCCCUGCGCCUGGUGCUGGGCCGCGAUGCGUCGCAGCGCCUCCUGGCUCCGCCGUGGCCGUGGCACUUUUGGUUCGACAUCCCCGCCAUCCCUUUUGCCCUCGUGGCGUCCAAGCUGCGCAUCGCCGAGACGGCCACCACCUGGCUGCCCACGGUCCUCGUCUACUCGCUCAACCAGUUCCCGCUGCUCACGACAGACUGGAUGAUGGAGCGCUGGUUCGAGCACCGCGGAGCCACACGGAGCUACCCGCCCGGGCCCACGCUGAUGGCAUUGCUGAUUCCGUGGAUCCGCCAGGCGUACCUGGCGCUCAAGCGACGCACCUACCGGGCCGUGCUCGGGCCCUUUCUACGUAAGCGCCGCGCCGAACGACGGAACAACGGCGGCGCCAGCAGCGGCGGCGGCGGCGCUGCUGCUCCGGGCAUCCGGCGCCGGCGAGUCGUCGUGGAUGCCCUGACGGGCGACGACGACUACGAUGACGACGGCGACGACGACGGUGCCAGGGCCGGUGGCGGCGGGGCGGCGACGGCGCGCACCGUCUUUAUCUCGCACCGCUACAUUGGCCGGCUGUGCCUCGACGCGCUGAGCCUGCCGCUGGUGGCGAGCGCCAUGGGCAAGCUGCUGGCACUGCUGGCCCGGCACAACGGCUGGCUGGCGAGGAUCCUCGGCAUGGAGGCCUUCCUCGGUCGCAGGGCCGGCAAGCGGGGCGGCUCGGUCCUCUCGAGCUUCUACACCACCACCACCACCGGCGGCAGCGCGACCGCUUCGUCGCGCGACUCGGCCAAGGCAGCGCAGCCGUCGCCGAUUGGCGGCCUGUUUCGCGGUCGGCUGCCUAGCCGCGACGAAAGCUACGGCGACGGCGACGAGGAUGCGGCGGCGGCGCUGCGGCGGCGGCUGGGCAUCGCGCCGACGGUGAGCUACGACGAUCUGGACCCGGUCUGGUUCCGCAACGCCGUGGGGGCGGGUCUGUUCAUCGUCGUCAAGGAUGCGGCCAGCCUGCUGCACAAGUACCUCAAGCUGCGGCAGAGGGGCAGGACGACAGUGGCCGACCUGCCCUUUGGACCUGGCCUGGUCGAGGGGCUGGAUCUGAGGGAAGGAGCGUGA